GGAGCUGAUUUUAUUGUUUGACUCUACAGGAAUCCCUUCAAACCCAAAUCAGCCAGGAGGAUAUUCGGUUAGAAUGGAGAACACUCUUUCUCUGGUGACCCAAGCCCCAGCUAUCCAGCCUUUACCCUUGAGACCAGGAGUUAUAGCACAACAGCCUUGGUCCAACAGAACUCCACAGAUCCUGGUGCCAGCUUGGCAGCAGGUCCCGCCACCUGCUAAGAGCUUGGCAUCUGAUACAGUUGUUGGACCGCAGAGGCGAGGAGAUUGGGGGAAAGUGCGGCCACACAGCAGCCAUUACGGUUCGGUGAUGCCCCAGCUUAUUGUUCCCAACCAAAUGGCUGUGUCAGCCCAUCAGCCUAUAAACAUUGGCAUUGCUCAUGUGGUCUGGCCUCAGCCUGCAUCCAACAAGAGGAACAAACCCAGUCAGAACAGGAGUAUGAAUGUCUCGCACAACACGGACACACAGCCCUCAGUGUGUCCGUCACCAAAGAUGGCGGACAGGAUGGCGAGUGCGGAGCCACAGUCGAGCUCUCCUGACAGAGAGGUGCAGGCCCAGGUGAAACCGGAAACGGAGCAGGUGGAUGAGGAGAGUUCCUGUAAGGCGGCGGUGGCCAAUCAGCAGCGAGAGUCUGUUAUUAUCAGAGAGUCGCCCAGCCCGGUAGUAAGCGUCAUUAGCAUAAGCAGCGGCACAGAUGAAGAGGAACAAGCACAGAGGUGCUCCCUUAACAAGUGUAAGGGCAGUCCGGAGUGUGAGGCAUGCACAGGCUCUCUGAACAUGGAGCGAGUGUGUUCCCUCAGCAGUCCUGAUAGCAGUCUGAGCACCAGCUCCUCAGCCUCGGCACAAUCCAGCCCCUCGCCAUGCAAAAGACCCAGCAGUAUAUCAGAAGAUGACGGCCAUGAAAGUGGGUGUGAAACAGUAGACGGCUCACCCCCUUCAGACUCCUCCCUAGGGCCCCACGACAGCCCCUUCCCUGAAAGACGCUUCCUGACCAAUCAAAACCAGAACCAGAAACCCCAGGCCAGGCGUGGACACCCCAACACAGUGCUGAAUAAACCUGCGGUGAGGACCGUGGUGGUGCCGCCCAUGAGAGUGCUGAACAAUAACCAUCACCCCAACAAUGAGCAGCUCACAAUCGGCACAGUCUUAGAAUCCUCCUGCCAGCCCAGAGGUCGCUACGGCCCAGGACGACUGAGCCACCUUUCCACACCCACGCUGCCCCGCCAGCAGAAACUGAGCUCUUCAUUCCAGCCACAGCCGCCAGGCUUUGGCCAGGUAUGUCAUUUUGCCUUUUCUCUGUAAUACUGUCCAAAUUGU